AUGUUUCAACUCCGCUCUAUCCUUUUCAUCUUGCUUCUCUCUCUGGUCUACAUCUCUUCGGCUCUGCUAAUUCCGCUCGGGAGCCUCAACCUCUCUCGGAAUGAUCUCUCCUCUACCGCUAACGCUGCAGCCAAACGGGACCUCGAUUUGAGAGACCCGAAGCGCGCCGCAGCCAAACGGGACUUGGACCUCUCGGAGAGAGGCCCUAAGCGAGCUGCAGCUAAACGGGAUUCAGACCUCUUAGAGAGAGAACCUAAGCGAGCUUCAGCUAAACGAGACACAGACCUCUCGGAGAGAGACCCCAAGCGAGCUGCAGCCAAACGAGACAUAGACCUCUUGGAGAGAGACCCUAAGCGUGCCGCAGCUAAACGAGACCUUUCGGAGAGAGAUACCAAGCGUGCUGCAGGUUCGGCGCUGGAAAAGGGUACGAUCGCCAUAUGGUGGGAUCUCAGAAAUCAGCGCGCAUCGACUCGCAGGACGCACAAGGCCUCACAGAGAUCCAUCAGCAUGAAAGGCCAAUCGUACCACGCUGUCACGCCCAUGCCCUAUGACAUUCAUUUUUUUGGAAUGACAAUGUUUCUUGGCAUCGCAAAAGCUGUGGCAGCUUCCGGCGGUGCAAUUAUCGCGCCCACCCUGGAAUGGGUUUUCCGUGAUUGGAUGGUACAAGUCCCAUCCGCCAAAAGCCAAAUGGCUGGACUGGUUCUUCAACACAAAGUCGCAAGUGUUGCGACUCGCAACACUUUCCCCACAUUGAUUGUGGGGCCCACAAUCUACACAAGCCAACCUAAGCCAACGUUGAAUAAUCCUACGGAUGAUCCGCUAGUCUCGGAACGGUAA